AUUCUUCAUAGAACAGCCAACAGUUCGCACUGAUUUUUUUUUGCUAAAAACAUGAUUGCGCUGUAAACAAGAGAUCAUUCAAUAACAAACAAAAAAAUAUAUUUUCGGACUACAAAAGAGUCUGUUGUAUACAGAAAUUUGAUUUACGGGAAAAUUUAUGAAGGAAAAUCCAUCUCUGACAGCAUGGAUUUACUACAAAGUGAACCAUUGUCAACACUGACUAAUGAUGAAGAUGCCACUUUGAAUAAAAGUGACGCAGAACAAGCGAAAAAUUCUUAUAUUGCAUCUGAUGUUCAUUUCCAUAGUUUGGGUUUAUCGAUGGAUUGUGGUAAACCCAGAUUUAAGUUAAAUGAAAUGUGCUCAAGUUUUGCAACAAGUUCAAUAUGCCAACCUAAUUUUCAAAAUGACAAGGAUUCAGCAGCUUCUGAGUCAUUUGUUGUAUUGAGUCAUCCAUCAUUAGAAAUGGUUCAGGCACGAUCUUUGGCCAAUUACAUUCAAAUUCAGGAAAAAUGUACUUCCAUUGAUUACAAUUCCGUAAUAUCAGGUUUGAGUCCUUCGGAAAUUGAGCAAAAACUUACUGAUUUAUUACAAGAGAAUGCCAAAUUGAAGGAAACCUUAGUUGAAAAUAAUGUGGCUAUGAAAAAACAAUUUAAUUCACUCGCAGCUUGGCAAGAAACAGUUUCUUCUGUUCAUCAAAAUCACAAAGAAAAAUUUGCCGAGACUCGGGAAUUAAUGGAGCAACUCAAGAAGGAGAACAUGAAACUUAAGAUUAAAGUAUCUAUAAAUGAACUCCAUGAUGACUCUCUUCGAAAGACAACCGCUGAAAACCACUCUAUUGUACCAAGUCUAACUGAAGUUUGUAACUGCCCUUGUCGCGCAGAGCUGGUAAAGAUUCUAAAAGAGAAAAUGAUGGAAUUAAUCGAACAUGAUGAAAAUUGUAAGAAAUCAGUAGAAAAUUUGACUGUUACUACUGAAAGUCCCGACGAUGAUUUUAGAGAUAAUUGUCAGGUUCUACAAAGUAUGGACAAACCUCUUUCUUUGUCUAUAAUAAACUUCAAAGAAUGCACAGAAGCAGAAAAAGAAACAACAACAAAUGUGGAACAACAGAUUGAUCCUAUUAACAAAAACACUAAUACUUUGAUUCAACUUCCCGAUUAUGUGGAAUCAAUAAUAAAACGAAUUCCCCGAGCAGAAUUUCGUGAACAACUAAUUAAUAGCAUCAAACCGUACAAUGAAAGUCUCGAAUUACUUAUUAAUUGUUUCUCAGUUCAGUCUUCACGUUAUGUUCGCGUUCAGGAAUGUUUGAAAAAAUGCAUAGAAAUUUUACAGAAUUCCGAAACUUGUAACAUCGAUUUUCCAAACAGUAGGAAUUCUUCCAUCAGUUGUCAAAAUUCUCUAAGUGAAUGUCGUCAAAAACUUAUUGACGAACAGUUGGAAAACAUUGAAGAUCAACAAAAAUGGAUUAGAAUACAAAAUGAUCUUAAGAAGCUUUUCUAUGACUAUACAUCAACGCGGUGUGAUUUAGAAAUGCUGCAAGAGGAAAGCAGAAAAUUGUUGCCAAACAAAAUUGAAACUACUGAAGAAAAUUUACAAUCUGAGACGCAAUGCGAUAAGGAGAAAACAAAAUUAGAAGAAGAGGUGAUAAAUAUUUCGCUUGAAAAGUUAUCUCUUCAUGAAGAGAAAAAGUCAUUGGAUAAACUUCAAAAGUCACUUGCAGUUGAUCAAGAAAGUUUAAAUAAUGAAGUGGAAAAGAUUAAAUUGGAAAGAUUAAACCUUUUGGAAGAGAAAACGGCUCUGGAUAGGCAGAGUAAAUUGUAUGAGGAUCAAGAGAAUGCUUUAAUCGCUGAGAAGAGAAAUUUUACUAAAAUGGCUGAGGAGCUUACUGAAAAAGUUGUUGAUUUAGAUGAGAAACUGAAAAAGCAGAACGAAUCGUCAUACGCAGAUAAGGAAAAUCUAAUGAUUCUCAGAGCACAACUAGAUAUUUAUCGUACUGACUUUGAGCAAGAGAAGGCUUCAAAAAAGAAUUUAAUUCGCGAAAAGAAUAAAUUGAUUGAACAAAUGCAGUCUCUUACUGUUCAAAACCAAAAUUUAAGAAAAGAUAUUGACAUAUUAAGACAUGGAAACCAAACAUCUUCGCCUUCUGCUGCAGGAUGUAGUAGGAAUCAGGAGGCAGUGAGUUCAAGUACCUCCACAGUGAUUCAAAUAUACUCAUGUCCCUUGUGUAGCCUAAAGUUUGCAAGUCUUGAUCCAUUGGUUAAACACACAGAAACAUGUAUAAAAUAAGAUUAAUUUAAUAUUCAUCUGUACCUUGUAACUGGUUACUGUAAAAUUGUAAACUAAAUUCAACAAAUAACAAUAAUGCUAUCUAA